GUACUGGUGGCUACUGGGAGCUGUAGUCCACGUGCACGCGUGGCACUGGGAGCUGUAGUGCAGGGCGCACUGGUGUGUGCUGGGAGCUGCGGCCCGGUGCACUGGUUCGGCCGUGGCAGCAUGGGGGGGACGCAGUCGCUGGCGCUGCCCCCGGGGAAGGGACCUCACCAGGUGGGCUGCGCGGACGUCAUGGUGGGCCACACGCGGCAGGGACUCUUCCUCCGCUUCUUCUACCCCUGCCUGCCCCGGGCAGGGGCCGAGCGGCCGCUCUGGAUCCCACGCUACGAGUACUGCCGCGGGCUGGCCGACUUCACCCGCCGCAGCCGGCGCUGGUGCGCGCCCCUGUUCAGCAUCGCCAUCGGCUCCUGCAAAGUGCCGGUGAGCUGGAACGGCCCUUUCAAGCCCUGCGGCAGCGGGUACCCGCUGAUCAUCUUCUCCCACGGCCUGGGAGCCUUUCGGACCCUGUACUCCUCGGUCUGCUCGGAGCUGGCAUCCUGGGGUUUCGCGGUGGCGGCACUGGAGCACAGGGACCAUUCUGCCUCCGCGACGUAUUUCUGCAAAGCAGAGGCUGGGAGAGAGGAGUGGAUCCCCUACCAACGGGUGCCCCAAGGGCAGAAGGAGUUUUAUUUCCGAAACAAGCAGGUUCAUCAGAGAGCGGAGGAAUGUGUGCGAGCGCUCCGGCUCUUCGAGGACAUCAGCAGUGGUAAAUCUGUCCUGAACGUCCUUCACCAGGACUUUGAUCUCUCUGUGCUGAAGGACAGCGUUGAUCUGACCAAAGUCGCUGUCAUGGGCCAUUCCUUUGGCGGGGUGACAGCAGUGCUGGCCUUGGUGAAAGAGCCCAGCUUCAGGUGUGCGGUGGCUCUCGACGCCUGGAUGUUCCCCCUGGAGAACGCGCUGUACCCGGAGGUGCCCAAGCCCGUGCUCUUCAUCAACACCGAGAAGUUCCAGACACCAGAAAGCAUUGCCAAAAUGAAGAGACUGAGCUCCAGAAACAGCCAGACGAAGAUUAUAACCAUCCUGGGAUCUGUGCACCAGAGCCAGACCGACUUCACCUUUCUCACCGGGAAACUCGUCAACCGCUUCUUUGGCCUGAGGGGGACCCUCGACCCCUACAAGGGUCUGGACAUCACCAGCCGGGCAGCUCUGGCCUUCCUGCAAAGGCAUCUCAACCUGGAAGAGGAGUUCGAUCAAUGGGACAACCUCCUCGAAGGCAUCGGAGACUCAGUUGUUCCAGAAGCACCGUUCUGCCGCUCCAAGCUGUAGCCUGCUCCGAGGUCGGUGGUGGGAGCUGAGGAAAGCAGCUACUUCUUGUCCAAACUGUGCCGUGCAGGAGCCCACAAGGGCAGGAGGACCCAUGGGGAGAGCAGGACCUGGGGACCAUGCUCGUAGGACGUCUGGUGGCCGUGGUGCUCAGCGAGCGUGCCAGGAGAGCCCUCCCUGCUCAAGCGCUGCCUGCAGUGGCUGCUGCCUGCAGUGAGGGCUGUGGGACUAAGAGAAUAAAAUCCCCGGGGACAAAGACUGAGUUGGCUGUCACUUGGGCCUGAGGUGACACCCUGCUUGCAUGCAGAGGGUAGGUGGGCAUCGAUCCCUCGCCGGGCCUGGCUGGAUCUGCUGCAGCUGUGGCACAUCUGGCAGGAGCAGGCAGGUUGUUUGCUGUGGGUUGGGUGUAGUUCAACCACAGCCAAAAGAACCAGCGCAAAGAGAUGCAGCAUCAGGGCUCCAAGCACAAAGGUAAUGAAAAUCUUAUCGUCGUCCUGGAAAGCUGGCCAGAUUGCUGACUCCACGCCUCAAAUCUGGGGGUAAAAAGAAAGAGGACGGUAUUAAACACGGGACUCGCUGGAGGUAUCUCUGAGCACCCCAGCAGCGCAGGGAUGUGAAACGGGGACUGGGAUCAGCCCUGGGGACAGAAGGAAAACAGCCCAGCCUGGUUUUGCAGCAUGAAGAGCAACUCUGCUCCAAACAGGCACGUGCUGGCGGUGGGAAUAAGGCACUUUGGAAGUACCUAUAGCACAUUCCUGGGUAACGCCAGAGACGUUAGAGCAAGGGGUGCUUUUUAAGGGGGGGUCCGAUCCUCAGCUAUCCUGAAGCCGGCGGAGCUCCAUGGAUUUACCCCACUGGAGACCCUCCCCAGGGUCCUCGCUGGCACUGCGGCCGGAGAGGCGGCAGGCAAUCCUGGACACUCCGCCUCGGCAGCUGCUGGGAACAUCCGGGCUCCCGGCACACCAUCUGCUUUUGCAUUGUCCCCGCAGCCGCCGGCAUGGCAUUCCUGCUGGGGGAUGUGAGGGGGGACGGCAGCGGCAGCCUUGGCUUUGCUUCACCUCCUGCCAUCGCAGGGAGAAGCUGCAGCAGACGACAGCGCCCGGUGCAGGAUUUCCUGGGGUGCCAAGGAUGGAGGAGAGGGGAGUUUGGGUGGCACAUGCUAUUCCUCACCCAGUGACAGCCGCUGACAGGCGCCAGCAAAGCCCUUCUCCCAGGGGAAGAAAGGGGAAUGGAAAAGCAGCAUCUCACUCCUCCGGUGCCCGAGUUGUUUCUGUCACCAUGAUGGCCACAUCCUCACCUCGCUGGUGGCCCCUGGCCCCUCUUAGUCGAGGGCGAGUCCUGGGGCUGAGGAUGCUCCGGGAUGGCCUCGGGGGGAAGGCAAAGUGCUGUGCAGUAGCAGAGGGGACCUCAGGGGACCUCUUUCAACAUCUGCUCCGUUCUCCAGGGACACAAAGGACUGAUGUGAACAGGACCACAAGAUCCUGGUGCUUUUGAGGCUUGGAGAUUUUUUUUUUUAAUUGUUUUACACGUUAAACACCAUUUCUAGCCCUGGGAGCAGGCUGGGGUGUGACAACCCAGGGAUCCUCAAGACCGUCGUGCUGAGAUGCUGAGGGAAAAUAGUAAGGCCUGGAUUCACAACAGCUUCCGAAGGUCCACGGCCCUGCAAGCUGAGCACAGUGUGUGCAGUGAGAACCGCACGAGCUCUAGUAGAGGAGCUCAGUGUCUGGCCGUGGGCUGCGAUACCAGCCCCGAAGACCAGCGCAGAUGCAGGCGCAGGGCUGACCCCGCUCCCAACCCAAACCCGGGCAGCACCCUCUUGAGCAGAGUUCCUUAGAUUCCUUUGAUUGGGAAUUGUUCUCAUCUAAUGCGUCAGCUUCCAGGCCGUCUUGAGCGGAAAACCCCGGAUGCUCGCAGUCAGGAGAGAUUCAGCUCAACUUUGCCAUCUUCCCAAGCACCAGUUCCUCCCACGCUGGGUUACAGGGCAGGACCAGGGCUCUGCCGGGCAGACAGACCCUUCGGAUCCGGCGCAGGGCACGUGCUUGCCGGCUUCGAGGUGCGAUGCUGCAGGGCUGCAGGCGUGAUGCUUGCUGAGUUCCCUGGCCUUCAAAAUACAAUGCCGCAGGCCAAGAGGGCUCCUGUUCUCUCAGCCAGCAGCAUCGAGGGUAUUUUGAGAGCACAACUGGUUUUUUGACAGUUUUCACUCUGCAGCAGAAGCCCCAUUUCAGGCUGGAGCAGUCUGUUGCUGACCCUAGAGAUGUUUCCUGAAAAAACAGGGGAAAAAAGGACUGAGAAGCGAAAUGGAGGUGCUGGAGGAGAGAAAGGGCUGUGUGAGGUCUCUCCAGUUCCAGGCUGCUCUGAAAAAGCCCCUGAAACAGAUUGGAGGGAUCGGGUUUGGUCAAUAUCCAGAUUUCCUCCAUUUUAGGAAGGACAGGCUGAGCUCAGCCCUGUGGAUGCCAGCUCGUGCUUUGCACCCCAGCAUGGUGGUGGGGGAGAGUGGGGGGGGCUGGGCGAGGCGGGGACCCCAAAUGUCCCACGUCCUCCUUUUUAACCUUUGGCUUACGUCUUCACCCCGGACCGGGGUGCGGGUAGGUGCUGAGACUGUCAGCACCCCUCUCCGGGUGACACGGUGGCACCGGACCCCCCCAACCCACAAGCUUCAGGCUGCCUUCGCCUCCUCGCGUUGAUAGCGGCUCUCUAACGACAUUCAUCACGCAAGGCCUGGGUUGGGAUUUUUGUGGGGAGUUUGGGGUUUUUUUUUAAUUAAAAUAAAGCACUUAAUGUUGGCAA